ACUCUCAUCUGACGGCGUUCCACGACCAGGGAUUCAAGACGUUAAAGACACGAUGUCAGGACCAAAUCAGACAGCCCGCGCCUUCACUCUGUCUGCAGUACUGCUCCUCCUCUCCACUGGGACCCAGUCAGCAGAACCUUCAGACGACCUUCAACCAACACAACUGUUCAUCGUCCAAAACCAGGCAGAACCCCUGCUGCCUGUAAAUGGGAGUGACAUGGAGGCGCCUCAGGUUCUGAAGAUGUCAAAGCCGUGUAAAGAGGAAGAUAAAUCUUACUGUCUGAAUGGACAGUGCUUUUACCCCCAUGACAGCGAUACUCCUGCAUGCAAGUGUGAUGCUUCAUAUAGUGGACAACGUUGUGGCCUGUUAACCCACCUGGCGACGCUGCACGACUUAACCAAAACGGAGGAGGUGAUCGCCAUCUGUGUAGGUGUGGCCCUGUUUUUGUGCUGCAUUGCUACCAUCAUCUACUGCUGCGUUAGAAGAAGGUGUCAGAAACUCUAUCUUCCUUAUAAGACAUACGCUGGUUCACAUACCUCAGCGUGAUCUGUCAUUUUCACAAAGAGCAUCGUCAUCUUCAUCACCCAUGUUGUUUCUGUCAUCAUCUUCCCCACCACCAGCCUCUCAUUUUGCAGAUUGACCAUGUCUUCCAAUAUCAAAUUCUGGCUAUUUAUUUAAGUAUCAGCAAUAACUUAUAUAUUUUUAACUUGUACAUGUAUUUAAUGUUUUUUUAAUAAAUGUCUUUGAAAUCC